AUGGAGGAAUUCACCCUUUUAGAUAACCUCACUACUUCACGAUGCCCCCCAAACUCUGACCAUCUCUUCAAAGGCACUAAUGAACAAAGCAAGUACUUCCUGCGUAUGGAGGAGUUGGAAGACUGGAGCGAGCUGAGUUACCAGAAUAUCUUGCUCGCGUUCGAGCCUUUCUUACUCCAAAGAUCACCACAAUUCAUACAACCUGCGAUACUUUCUAAAGGCGAUAAUGACCCUCAAGAUGAAACCGACGUUCUCGAGUUGCUCGAGAAAUCAACGUUCAGAGCGGUGAUAGACGCGGUGAAUUUUACCAUCAGCAACUUUGGACAAUUAGUCCCCGGUCCAGAGGUGAUUGCAGGUUGGAGUAGGGAAACAGUAGUAUUGAACCCGUUUCAUGGCGAAUGGCAUGGUGCUAAGGCGCGUGGAGGCAAGCAAGGAAUACCGGACUGGGUGAUUUUCUAUCGUCAAUCGCAAGGGGGUUCUUCUGUAAACUUUUUAGUUAUUGCAGAUGGCAAUUUUAAGCAAGCCAUCCCCACGGACGCCAUCGUCCUUAUGAUGGGCGAAGGCAAGAUCAGUUCCAACUGGAAAUACGAGGACUUUAGGGCUAAGAUCGACCUCGUAUAUGGUGUACGCAAACCUACGAAGCUCAGAGGUAUCAGAGGUUCUGAAUAUGAUACUCAAUGUACAUAUUCGAAAUCAACAGCACACUCAAAAUCCAAGGAAUUGCCUAUUUCAGACUCAUCGUCUAAAAACACGAGUACACGAACCAACAUCCUCCGGCCGACUGACGAGCUCAGCACUUAUUGCAUGUGGUCGAGCACGAAGUAUGGAUUUUUGCACACGGAGAAGGAGCUCAUGGCAUGUAUGGUACGGUCGUUGCCAGGGGUCAAUGGAUCCAAAGUACCGAGAGCGGGUAUGAAAGUAAUGAACAUUCCCUGGGAAGAGAAUUUUCGUCCUGAAAGACUCACUCCAGAAUUGGUGCUAUAUUGUCUCUUAAUUGCUAGUUUGCACGACCGUAACCGGUCAAUCUCAGAGACAUUCGACGAUAAAGAUUUGGUCACAUGGAAUAGGGUACCAUAUAGCGAGCUCUCAGCUCUGGGCAAGUUGGUAGGACGGCCAAUUUACCGCAAUCGUUUAACGGGCGUCGAGCGUGAGAUUGGGGAGCUGAAGAGUCUGAAAGGCAAUAAAAUUAUCACUGAGAUGGAAGCAGAGUUUCCCGUGACGGUCAGCUGGCCAUGGGGACUGUAG